ACAUGAGCUCCAAUAAUUCAGGGAACGUGAGAAGAAGAAAACAUCUUGUUAAUGUUAAUAAAGAUUCUUCUUCCACACAGGGCUCUAAAACGAAUGCAUCUAAUAAGCAGGCAGAAAAUAAGACUCAUAAUUCGCCCAAUGAAAAUGCUCAUAACAGAAAUGAUACUCAAAAUACGUCCAAGAGAAGGGGAAAUAGACGGAAAGAUAUUAAUUCAAAUGUAGUUCCUGAUGGUAAAUCAGCUACACAACAAAGUACCAGAGAAUUUUCUGAAGGCAGAGAUUUUCAAUCGCGCAAAGAAGAUAAUAAUCCAAAUGCAGUCCCUGAUGGUAAAUCAGAUACACAACAAAAUACCAGAGAAUUUUCUGAAGGAAGAAAUUUUCAAUCGCACAAAGAAGAGAAUGAAUUUCCAAAGCCUUUACGCGAGGCUUCUACAUUUGAUUCUUACGAUGGACAAAUGGGUGAAAACAAACUUUCACAGAAAAAUGUUCCCGAUCCAUUCAUCAGCGAGUCGGGUCAAAAAGCCACAAUUUCCUCAGAUCCCAUGAUUGAUUCCUCUGAGUCGGAAUCCGAAAUGUUAGAAUCACGGUCAGACGCUAACAAAGUUGAAGUGCGUGACGAAGAUUUAGAUGAUGCAGGGCAAACUGGAAGUAGUAAAUUUUCUGUGAAGGAUCUAGGAGUAAAAAAAAUUAUCGACAAACUUCUUCCAAAAGAAAAUGACGAUGAUGUUAUUAUUAGAUUUUAUGUACAUCUCCCGCGAUUAGAUGGAAAACCUAUCGUUGUUGGCAGCAUUGAAGAAUUGGGUAAUUGGGAAAAGUCGGUUGUGGAGCUUAAAGAAAUCGAAAGGAAUACGGGCUGCUAUCAAUCUAAAUUAGUUCGCAUUCCAUUAAAUCGAUUCGAGGAUAAUAUUCAUUAUAAAUAUGCCUUCUUGCAAGGUAAGAAAAAAACCAAGAACUUAAUAUUAGAGGGGGAUGGUGAACACACUAAUCGUGCGCUUGAAGUUCAUGGGGGAAGCCAGUAUGAUAUAUGGAUUCCAAAUGAUAAUCGCAAUUUUCGUAAUGACAUCAAGGAAUAUUGUUUUGUGAAAAUCAUUUACGACGCAAUUUCCAAGGAAAACCUCAAGGAAAAAAUCAUGGAAUAUGAAAAAAUAUUGAAACUGGAACAUCGUUUAACGAUUAAGUCAUCGUCUGAUGGAUUUAUUAGUAGAUCACUUCUUGGGAAUAUAACUUUAGAGAAGAGGCUUUUUUUGUGUGUUUUGCUUGGUUAUUUUAUGGGGGAAAGUGAAAAUUCCCUAUAUGGCUUGAAGAAAGAUUUUCAAUCAAAUUCCUUGCUCGAAACGCUAUGUCAAAUUGAUAAGGAUACAUUUCCCUCUGAUACUAUUCGGAAAGUACGGUUCGCUAUUAUGCCGCUGAUUCGCCAUAACAUCGACCAUCUCAGAUCACUUGAAUGGAUUAAUAUUUUUACCACCGUAAAGCUUUUAGAUCCAGAGUAUGAAUUUAUCGAUCAUAUACCGGAACAAAAUUACAGCGAAAAUGAAAUGAAUAAGUUUCUAGCAUGUUUAAGAGAGCGAGUUUGUCCACACAUAGACCAAACCGAAGAUAACGACAUCUAUGUUAAGAUUGCAAAGUGGAUGCUUAAACAAUGCAAUAGUAUUAAGUCAAUUACCGAGAUGUGGACCAUUAUUGUUCAUACUCCUGAAAGAGAUAUUCAACUCCGCGAGUAUUUCAAGGGUCGCGUUCAAAAUAUCGUGAAAAAGAUGGAUUCGUGUGUUGUUUUACGUUCACAAUUUUUUGGACUUUCCGACGACCUUAAAAAUUUGACUUCCGAGGUAUUUCGUUUAAGGUCACUUGAAUUUAUAAGUCUGUACUGUAAACGGGACUGGUCAAAGGAGCAUCUUGAGGCAAUCACAGAUCUUCUACUCAGUCAACAACUGGAAUGGACUCAGCAAGAUUAUAUUUCGUUACUAGAUAAUAUAUCUAAGUCUAUUGAUCUUGGUUUAUUGACAUUUUUUAAUCGCUUUUUGGAAUUUUGGAGCACUUCAUUCAAGAAUACGAACGAAGAAACUCUUCCUAGUAUAUGUAAGCAGUGGUAUAAACAACUUUUGGAUCGAGGGGCAAGUGUUGCGAAACUCAAAGACAAAUUUGUCUUCAUGGCAUUCAAUCAUGUUUCUCUUGUUCACCCGUACAUUGGCGAACUAAAUGUAUGGACUGAACUACUCAGCAUGGCCUAUGAUCGUGCGAAAACAUAUCCUCAGAUCAAUAUUUUUGGAAGUGUCGAUAAGGUUGUUAAAAGAUUGGUACCACCCGUUGCGGAGAGGUUUGGUUUGAUGGUACAAGAACUCUUGAGGCCGUUCGUGGAACAAAUGGACGAGUUACUGUUGAAAAAGAUCAAGACAAUCUGUACUCCUCAUGUCGGAGAAACAGAAAAUACUUCAUCUCCAGGAUCUGAAUUACAUGUGCCAAAUGGGAUAUGCGAAGAUAUAUUAUAUCUUGUCAUGACACGUUUACAAUCAACAUUUGAUUCGAAAUCAUAUAGCACCGAAUUUCACCUGGACUUGCUUGGUCGUGCAAGACUUUGGAUCACUAUUUUGCGAUCAACUGGAUGCGUCGAAAAAUUACAUACUCAUCCUCAUAUUCAAGAAAUACGCGACGCCAUUUCUAAUUUAGCAGAAUUGAUCCUUGAAGAAAAUAUAAAUCUUUAUCUAUUGCAAGAGCUUCUAACACAUGAUAACGAAUUUCUGUCUUCUUAUUUCGAUUCAGCUAUUGUAAAAAAAGAUAUUACGGCUCUUGUUGUUUCCAGAGAUGUUUUAGAAAAGAUCAGGGGAAAGUACAAAGAUUAUGAACAAAAAUUAGACAUCUUGCGCGUAUUUUAUACCGAAUUUUGCCAUGAUCACGGAGUCACUGAUGUUACGGAAUUUCUUGACGAUAUUAGCCUGCGAAAUCAACUGAAGCGUCAAAUUAAACUAAAAGAUGCAUUGUUGACCAAUAAUUGGACCAUGCACCAGAGUUCUGAAGACAUCGCUAACAGAACGUACAAGUUUUUCAGAUCACGAACAUUCAAAAAUAUAUACAACAAUUUCUUAAAACAGGAGGUUCAUCCUGGAAGAAAUUUAAAAGUACAAGACAUUACAGAACUUAUGAUUCGUGUUCACGAAAAAUAUUCCGAAAUAUGCGCUCAACACAAGAAUUGGGAAAAACUCCAAUUCUCCAAUGCAUCACUUGUUUGGAGUAAUGUAUCCGACGUUGAAGUGGAACUUGAUUUGAUGAAUCUACAACGGGAAAAAAGUUCAGAAUUCAUAAGAACAUUAAAGCAUCUUUCUAAUGUUUCCCAAUGGGUCGAAAGAUUAGAUCAACUUAUACAGGUGGUGCAUAUAUUUAGAGUUUAUCUUGAGGAAGAUGAUGAAUGGUUGCAAACAUCCUAUAACGAUCUCAAAGAUGAUUUCCUGUCAUUGGGGAAGUUACGAGACUUUUUUGAAAGUUUAGAAAAACGACUCUCUGAUAUUAACAAUGAUAUUUGCUGGAGUUUGAUUAAGGAGAUUUCCGCUUCCUCAGACUUCAUUAGUUUUCUGCGAACAAUUGCAGAUGAAGAUUUAAAAAAUUUGAUAAAUGGAGUUGAUGAUUCGGAAGGACGGCUCGUCCAGGAAGAUACCGUAUCAUCUCUAAUUCAGGUUAAACAAAUUCUUAUUCCGUUGAUUAAUACGGCUGAAGGUUACCCGUUACAAGCUUUUUUGAUCGACUUGAAUCAUGUUGCGAAAAGUAACACUCUAUUAGCCAGCAAGAUUACUUUGUGCAAUAGUAACAAUAUGGCUCUGCAAAAUAUGUAUAACAACAUUUCGAAUCGUGGAGAGGUUGCUAAGGAAAGAAUAAAAAACGCGGUUAAGAUCGGAAAUUAUAUUUUUCAUUGGUCAUCAGAUGACUAUGAAUGUUCCGUAACACUAACGUAUCCAUCAAAAGGUGGCAUCGUGGUCAUAAAUAUUUCAGAAUUACAAGAUUUACGCGGUCGCGCCCUAUUAAUAGCAAAGCCCACUGUUGACAUUAAUCACAUCGAUGACGAAGAACAUGAACCUUUCGAGAAUAUAGUGAAUGAUUUUGUUAUUCAGGUCGACAUAGUUCUGGAUGUAGUUAGACUAUCCUCAGAGUUGAUCGAAAAGGGACAUUUUUCUUAUCGCGAGUCAAAAGUAUCUCUUAGGGGUACUGAUGAGUUGAAACAACAUCGCCGUGAAUUAGAAAAUGAAUUGCGCUCAUGGGAAACGGCGGUUAAUUCGGCUCAAGAUAAGUACUAUUAUUUGACAUUCUUUCCGGCGCGUCACAUUCUUCUGUUCUUCGAUUAUUUUAAUCAAUCUGGAAAAGAUAAUUGCGAAAGCCUUUGUAGGACACUUGUUAAAUAUGUUAAUCCGGUUGCCGGAUCGCGGUUAUACCGAGAUAAAAGAUUCACUUUUAAAAAGGGCGAAUAUUACAGAGUUCUGUGUGGAAUUGGGGCAAAGUUAAAUGAAAUACUGGGUUCACUUUCAAAGGAUCCUUAUAGUUUGGAAGAUACUGGCGAACGUGUGGUUUCCGACCUCGUGGAUCGUGGGAAGCUAUUUAUAGCGUCAUGUAGCGACAAAUUUUUAAUUCCGAAUGUCAUAAUGUCAUUGCAAAUCAAUCAAGGUGCAUGUCCCAGUUCUUGGCAAUUAUUAAAUUGCACUUCUUCGACAACUUCGGAGGAUAUAUCAAUAUUUAUUAAAAGGUGCUUCCUGGCCGCAAACAAUGGUUAUCAAGAUCAUUUAUUCUGUAUGGCAAACCUAGAGGUGUUGGAUUUCAAGUUGCAAUAUGAUUUGGUCAAGAAAAUAAGGUCAUACAUAAAGAAGUCAGAAAACUACUACUUGGCAUUGAUUUGUUGUCCGGAAAAAGGAACGCAUCAUCAUAUUUUAGACCGAUUUUCCGAUUUUCGUGCUACCAACGGCCUAAGCACCGAUGCGAUGAAAAAGAUUUAUAAAAUUAUUUGUAAUGAUGUGAUAUGUGUGACCUCAGAAUUAUCGGGUCAAGGGAAAACUGAAUGGAUCCGACAGGAAAGUUUUCGAAAACACCGAAUUCCCAGGAGUUUUCUCAUUAGCGAUGGAGACGAUUUCGGAAAAUUAGUCCGCAGGUUCAAUAAGUUUGAACUCAGUCGAGAAAUCGAUUCGUUGCACAUAAAUAUAAUUUCUGCUGAUAACCCAGAAGAGAUUAAUAUGUUCUUGUUUCAAUUGUUAACCUUCGGUAUUGUUUCUCACAAAGGAGUCAUUGCGAUUAUGCCCUCCAUACCUAUUUUUGUAGAGGUAGCCUCAAGUACAGAUGAAAGAUUGAUGAAAUCAAUUAAAUUCCUCUCUUGCUUGGAUUCAAUUAAAUUAUAUUUCCGAAUUAACAAAUUAUUAACAUCUCGCGAGAUUAACAGCCAGGUUCAGGUGGUUUGUCAUUACUUGGAUCAAUAUGAAAAGCAAGUUCUGGAUGAAAAGAAUAUUUCAUUCCAAUCAGGAUCAUUGAGGCCUCUGCCAUCGAAACGUUGCCAAGAACUUUUGGAAAAACAUUUUUUCAAUGAUAUUUCACCUGAUCUCGUAUCAUUUCGAUUUCUCGAGAUAUUUAUUAAUGUAUUUGCGGAUCAACUGGUGCGGUUGUCUUCUAGCUCUUUUUUCCGAGUUGAGAACCUGAGUUUAAUGGUUAAAGACGAGGAAGGCACUCGUACGACUUUGUUUGAGGCAUUGAGUGAUGUGUCUAAAGAUUUUGCGACAAGAUCCACUGGAACAAAACUUUCGCAGAAGCAAGCUAUUUCGGAUGAAGCGGUGGACGAUCAACUGGGGAAUAUUGUUCCGUGGGAUGACUCAAAUCAUUUAUUGGUAUUUUUCUUAUCGCAAGCUCCGGAUUCCAUAUGUGCACUUUAUCGGGAUCAAACUAGGGUUCCAGAGAACGUUCGAAAGUUGUUGAGGAGUCAAGAUAUCACUCAUCGCGAUAAUGAUUUGAGUCCGUGGAGAUUGGAUGAUUAUCGGAACAUGCCAACCGAUUUAUUAUUACAAAGAUUAGAGAAAAUUGCUCGUCGAACUGCACACCACAUUGACUAUCCACCUUAUGCAUUUUUUCUAGCAAAGGUUGUGGAGGUCGAGUUCUAUGCUCUUAACCUUCACGCUGGAAUCACAGAAGAAAUAAUUUUCCAGUUCAUGUCGGAUUCUUUGGUUCACGCUGAUGAACGUGAUGUUUGGCUAUUCUUCGAUGAAAUUAACACCUGUAAUCACAUCGGUCUGUUGGCUGAUCUUAUCGCUCACCGGAUUUAUCUGGGAAAACUGUUAAGUCCAAAUGUUAGAAUAUUUGCUGCUUGCAAUCCUUAUCGUAUACGAACGAAGAGCGUUAGUGAGGCAGGUCUACAAACGACGUCAAAGCAUGAAUUUCAUCGAAGUAAUCUUGUCUACGAGAAAUCAAAAUAUCCACCAUCAGGUUUACCGGUUUCUAUUCGAUCGUAUAUUUUGGCGUUGGGACUUAGCUAUCAAUCCAGACUAUAUUUGCAGGAUUUGCGUACCGAAUAUCGUAAGGAGAUGUGUAAAAUUCUUCAGAAAGCAAAAAUGUAUAUCUCAGCAGACGAGUUCAAGAAGACAAUCCGUCUCGAACAGGAGGAUUAUUUAAAUCGGAUGAAUUUGCCACCAAACACUGCAAAAAACGAUGCCCUUUUGGAAAAUGUCUUAGUCAUGAUAGUUUGUAUUCUGACUAAGAUUCCGUUAUUCGUCAUCGGGGCACCUGGUUCUUCUAAAUCAUUGGCCAUUCGACUCGUGAGUCAGAAUUUACGUGGAUCGUCAUCCUCAACCUCCGAUGGUAUACUUAAAGUUUUUGACAAAGCAUAUAAUUAUCAGAAAACCAGUUCAGAAGAAUUUCCGGUUAUUAGUGUGGUGUUGUUAGAUGAAGUUGGACUGGCGGAAACUAGUCCAUAUAAUCCAUUGAAGGUUCUUCAUUCGUUGCUUGAGCCAAGUUACCCUUCAGAUGGACCAACUGUGGCUGUCGUAGGGAUAAGUAACUGGAGAUUAGAUAAUAGUAAGAGCAGUCGAGCCUUAUUGGUCCAAAGACCAAAAUUAGGUCAGGAGGACCUCGUUGACAUUGCGGUUCGUUUGUUGGAUAACGGCACGGAACAAGCUCAGAAAUCGUCUCUCAGACCUCUGGCAAAAGCCUACUCGGAAUAUGAACAAACUGGUCAAGAAUUCAGGAAUUUCCAUGGUCUUCGUGACUAUUAUUCACUCGUAAAAAGUCUGUCGCUAGUGGAUUUGAAGCCAGAAAACAUCCAGAUGUCGUUGGCGAGGAAUUUUGGUGGUACAGAAAGACAAGAAGAAUUAUGUCAAAAAUAUUUUGGCGAAGUGAUAUCCUCAUUUAAUAGAAACCAAAGCUGGUCAUAUAAACCGAUACCGGUUGAUCAUCUGAUUUAUGAGAAUCUUGAUGAUAAAAGCGCAAGGCACCUUAUGAUAAUUGGUAAAAGUGAUUCCAUUGUUAAUCUGUUGACCUUCAAACUCCGAGAGAGAGACCUAGAUCCAGUGAUCAUAUUUGGUUCUCAAUUUCCUAAUGAUCGUGAUGAUUAUUCAUAUACCGUUUUAAGUAGAAUUAUGAUGUGCGUGGAAGCUGGAAGACCUUUGAUCUUAACAGACUUAGAUAUUAUCUAUGGAAGUCUUUAUGAUUUAUGGAAUCAAAAUUACAUUGUCGCCGGUAGUAAAGACGAUCCAAAAUAUUAUACCCGCGUCGCACUCGGAGCUUAUGCUAAUCCUAUGUUAUCCGUUGCAAAGAACUUUAGGUGUAUUCUCGUGAUGGACGAAAAGAAGUUACCAGAUGCGGAUCCUCCACUCUUGAAUCGGUUUGAAAAGCAAAGAAUGACGAUGAAUGACGUUCUCACGAUUAACCAAAGGGAAUUGGUUGACCAAUUAACUGAUUGGGCAAAACAAAUGUCGACUUAUUCGGGAAGCGGGAAUUUCAUUCCUUCCCAUAAGAGAUUUACGCUAAAUGAUCUAUUCAUAGGUUUUGACCCCGAUGAGACAAUCCCUAGUUUGGUAAUUUAUGUAAAGAAAAAUUAUCCUCAACUAGAUGAUGAGGAAAUUUUGGAGAAGUGCAAAGAGACUUUGAUUUGGAUUGCCACUUCUGAUGGGAUCGUUCGUGCAGAAAAUUCAUCUAUGCCGACUGAAGAAAUAGAAAAGUGGAAAGAUGUUUACUUUCGUGAUCAGAAGCAUGAGAAUCUUUCUGAUUACUUUAUUGACGUACUUGAAAAGUCCAUGUUUGAUACGAAUGCAAGUGAAAGAGGUUAUCAAGUCAUCAUUAAUACCUUUUCCAAUAUCAACACUGAUAUCCAAAUGUGCCUCCAAGGAGUUUCCAGGUGUUCGGUCAUUAAGCUCUCGACAUUCAAGACUGAAACCGAGUUUCAAUCUCAAGUCAAAAAGUUCUGGUUUAGUUCUCGUGAAAAGGACUUGUUGGUCCUGCAAUGUGACACCACUACAGUAAAUGCAAAAUGCAUUAAGUUGGCAAAGUUCGUAAUCGAACAAUUACGAAACGAAUACUAUCAGCAGGAUGAUGCCGAGCUGAUUACAAAACACGCAUGUAUUAUUCUUCACAUGCACCGUGAUCUUAAUUCGUCAUUUGUGGGAUUUAAUUUUAUGUCUGGCUGGCAUCAAGUCACCAUCGAGACUUUAGCAAAGCAAGAUAAACAUUUAUCAUUGCUUUUGUAUGGAGAUUUGGGAGAAAUAAUCGAGAGAGUAUAUCCUUUCGAAGAGAUUUUAAACCAAGAGUUACUGUGGUGUUUGUCUUGCAUAAAGUAUCCGUCAACGACUUCAUCGUUAGAACAUGUCAAAGCACUUAACGUUGACAUUCGAAAUAGUCCGGAUUUUAUUAAUUUGUUAAAAGAAAGAACGAUCGACUGGCUAAGAGACACGGUAACCUUUACCGAUUGGCAGUAUAAUGUUGCUUCUGACAAGAAAAGUCUUUAUCCAUAUUCGUCAUUUGCUAUUGCAUUGUCUGCUCAUAUAAGAACAUUAGUUCGCCAACCAAUAGCAAAACUGUUAUGUGCACUUGAAAGAUUAUCAGUCAUAUCCACAUUUCUCAAUCUUCAAAAGUCUGAUCAGAUGGAGAAAGAGGAAAAUGAAAAGCUUCUUAGAUUCUGGAGACAAAUGUUUAUGGACAAAAGUGUCAUCUCAAUAGAAGACCUGCAGGAACCUAAGCCUGAUGGAUACUCGUUGACAUCAGGAGUUUAUAAUCUCAAGUUUCCAUUUUCAUACUACUUCAUGAAACAGAUUGACGGUUUUAAACGACUAUACGAUGAUGAGGUGCAUAAGCUUCGCGAAGAUCCUAAUUGCGUUGAUCCGGAAAACGGAAAGAUUCAUGACUAUAUCCUCAGGGAUUAUACAAAAUCAUUUACAACGAAUCUAUUGGAUUCAGUACCAAACUUCAAAACUUCACCAAUUCAAUUUAACAAAGAAUUAUAUUUCGACGACUUUCUAAUCGUAAACUGUCCCAUCAGGAAGCAUGUAGAUGCUCUUUCAUACGUUCUACACAAAAAGCUUGGUCCUGAUAAGGUUCUGAAUCCUUUCCUGCUCCACAUUUACUGGUGGAAUAACGUCAAUACCAUUUUGGUCGAAUUUCAAUUGGCAAGGAUGUGUCCAAUCAAAUAUAGAAGGAACGACAUUCACCAAGGAAUGAACUUGGAUGAGCACUUGAUCGAGUCGGCAUCCCAAGGGUUAUUGAGUAAAUUUUGUGAAGGUCAAAUACAUGAUUAUGACGAAUGGCAGCAUGAAGCAACCCGGGUUUUAUCUCUUUGCGAGAAGAUUCCCGGAACAUCAACUCUAUCCCUUCACCUAUUACAGAUAUCAUCCGAUCUACUAUCUGUGAAGUCCAUUCACACAGACAUUAUUAAAAAUAUUAUAAUACUAGGAAACAAUGAAUUUAUGUCAUCACAAUUUGCCUAUACGGUAUUGAUCUCUCUAGGCGAUUAUGAUCAUUAUCCAAGACGACUAUUCAUUACCAAAUACCUUGAUAUAGUGCCCAUAGAAUCGGAUACUCGUCUGACGCUUUACGAGUACUUAUUUUCGAUAGAACCCUUCCCACACAUGAGUAUCAUCAUACUUCGAAUAUUUGAGCUCGAAGACAAAGAGAACAAGGAUAUUUUCUUCCGUCUUCUUGAUGAUGCAGAACGUACACUCCAAUUUUCUCCAAGAUUGAAUAUUAUUGAUAGGUACUUGGGUGAAAACGGACUUCACACACGGAUGGCCUCCCUGUGCUGCGAUGUGAUUCAAAAAACUUUUUUUGCAAAGAAUGACCUGCCAUACUCGUCAAACUAUUUCCGUCACGCACUUAAUAGAAUAACUGAAAAUCGUUUUCCAUUAUCGAAACUGACCGCCAUAGCAUUUUUGAAAGAAUUCGUUCAUCAAUUUUGGAAUUAUACAAAUCCAAACAACAAUGUCACUGAGACAAUUGAUAUUAAUCGUGUAGGAGGUGGUGACCUUGACCUUUUCACUUUAAUAGGUACAAUCAACGAUUAUAUGCAAAGACAGGAUUUCCCGCUCGUCCAAUCUCUAAAAUACUAUUUCUUGCGAGAUUUGAGGAUGCGCGAGUUUUCCAUGGAUGAUGUCAAACGGUUCUGUCAGGAACAACAAUUUACAUUACCCUGGAUCUCCAGCUUAUCGUGGAAUGAUACUCAGGAGAUAAAACUUCCGUUUGACCCAUACUGGUCUCUCGGCGACGACUAUUCAAUUUUAGAAAAUUCCUUCUUACCACUUUUAAAUAAUAACAGGUUACCUUUUAACUCCACUUUUUUCAAACAAUUCAGCAAGAAAGAUGCGAAAGAAUCUCAUAUCGCGUUGAUUGGGUUAAUAUUUAAUCGUCUUCACGCGCUUCGUGCCUCACGGGAAUGGUCUCAAGCAGAAACUCAGGCAGCGGAAUUCUUGUUGGAAAAGAUCAGAAGUGUGUCUCAUAUCUCAUCCACUUAUAAAGAAACCGUUGCCAGAAUUAUUAAAGACGAACAUGUGCUCAUGAGGAUAAAUACGAACACUAGCACUCGGGAUCUACUUAUUAAAUUUGUAAUUGGUCAUGUAAUUGCAUUACACGCAUCAAUCCCGUCAGAAUCUUCACCUCUCGCAUACUUAUUACAAAACAUACAUUAUUGCAAUGGAUCUUACAUAUUGACUUGUCCUUCGGAUAUCGAAUCAUUGAUAUUAAAUGCCAUCGGGGAGAAGCUCACUCGAUACAAAUGCAUAUGCGGUUACUUGUACGUGAUCGGAAAUUGCGGUUUUACUAAUGGACGAAGCACUUGCCCAGAAUGCCGUAGGGUUAUCGGCGGCGCUAAUCACGUAGCUGAACCUGGUCAGAAAAAGUUGGAUACGAAACCUAAAGUGGGUUCAAAAUCCAAGGAUCAAACUGGCUACAUUGGGGAACCAAUCAAUAAAGAAAAAAAUGAAAGCGUGAGAUCAAUGAACCCGGUUUCGUAUAGAAUCCUACACCUAUUUGUUCACGCAAUAAUUGGCUCUUGGGCUCCCGUACCUCACGCGCUAGAGUUCUUACGGAAAAACAAUCAUGUUGCGACUGACACCGAAAUCUACUGCAUGGGUCAUAUUCAAAAUGAUUGGACUAUUCUCAAAGAACUUCUCGACAUAUCAGAUGAGGGCCUAGCAUUACUGUUGCAUUCCAUCCUUAAUCUGUUGACUUCCAUUCCACCAAAGACGCUAUUAUUAAAAGGUUCAGCUGAGCGACAAGAGUGGGAGCAUGACUUUUUGAAAAACUAUGUUGCACCGCAAGUCAAAAAUGUGACCGAGACCGUGAUAGAAUUUAGGAAUCAGAUAGAUGAUGCAGUCAAGAAUUCUCAAGGUUCUAAUAAUAAUAUUGAAAGGGAAAUUCAGCAGACAAUGCCAAUGGAUAAGAACUACCAGAGGACUUAUUUACCAAAUUUGUGGAGGGCAAUCGGAGACACAAGCUUGCAAAGCUUACGCGCUCAUUACUUUGCGGAUGAGAAUAACGUCAAUGUCCACCCCUUCUUAUCAGUAUUUUUCAAUCGAUCAGAAAACUUGGAGUUCAUCAAGUAUCUCUAUCCAAUCGUAAAGUUUGUGAUGAUGGUGUCUUCAAAGCUUGAAUACCGUUUGAGUAGAGAGGAAUCAGAAAGGCAAACUUUUCGUGAAUUCAUAAGGGACCUAUCCGAUAAUGAAGACCAUGAUGCUUCCAAUAUGAUAGACCUGGCUUUCAACGAUUUUGCUCGGUCAUGGAAUGCGGUUAUAAGGAAAGUUAAGAAUUAUCAGUGUCACGAACUGCCAAAGGAGAAACCGAAAAUAAACUAUGACUCCCCGAUAGUUUUUGCACUUGUCGAGCCUAAAGAUUCGGGAAUUUAUCUUUGCGCAAUAUUAGAAUAUCUAAUUGGCCUACAAAAUGAUUUCCUACAAGAGGUUAUUGCUAUCCCUUCCGGGUCCCAUUCACUCAAUUUCAUGGGUGAAACUAAACUCAGUGCGUUUGACUCAUCUUCGUCUUCUGCUCAGCGCUAUAUUAGAUCAAUUCAAAUAACUCAUGCCAAGUCAGAAAAUUUAAUUAAUUAUAAAUGGGAUGAUCAAAUUCUUCGCCAUAGUCAAAGAAAUCUGGAUGCCGGUCGAGGAAAUGAAGUAUUCUAUGACUUCCAAAAAAUCGAAGAACUGCUCGCUCGUCAACUGUUAAGUGAUAAAGUUCACAUAGAAACUUUGAAUGACUCUCAAAUGUUUAUUGAGCCAUUCCACUUCCACAUGGAAUUAUUCAAAGGAUACAUGAGGAUCUUAAGCGAAGUUAAGAACUCAAUCCCCCAACAACCAAUUUCAUCGGAAAACGUUUCCCGUAUUUUGGGCUUAACCUCAAAUUCUUCAUUCAUAACCCGUCAAUAUAAUCCGGAUUCCUUAUCGUUUGACAGCGCUUCCGAACUAUUAUCAUGUUUGGAAAUUUUACUCUGCUUUGUGAAGAGGACAUUGACUGGUACCGGAGAAAUGUCAAUCAUUGAUUAUGUUGAUAAAUGGAAAACAUUGGCAACUCUAAAAGGAAACGACCUAUUUGCAAAUUUGUUAAAAGUGAACUUGAAAUUGAAAAAUUUGGUAGCUUUAUACGAAUUGAUCGAAGUGCAAUUUGCAAACGGUGUGGUGAAUUACAUUAGUGAUAAGUAUAAAGAAAAUUUGACAGAUGAUUUGAAAGAAGAGAUUACAAAAGCUAUCGAUUACGAUCAAACACAUUCAGAGGACCUAACCAAGAUUCCGGCGGAGGUUUUCUCCUCAGCGUUAAAAAGAUUUAUUCUCCGGUUUUUAUCAAGCGAAUCGAUUAAAGAGGAUUAUCCACUAUCCGUAUACUUUACGGACGAAACGCUGAACUUAUGGCCCUCGUUCAUUACCGAUGAAUUAGUGAACGAACAUUUUCCCGAUUCGUUAUUGGCAUGCCACGCGUAUUAUUCUUUUAAAUUUAUUGAUUCCAAACUUGAAGAGUUGAGAAAACAACAAAAAACAACUGGUGGCGCAUCAAAAAACGCAAAAUUCCAAGAAUCAGGCACUGACGGAUCUGGUUCUUCGAGGGGCGGAAAAAACAAUAGAAAUCCAAAAAAUGCGAACGAAUCUAGUUCUUCAAUAGACACGGGAGACCGCGGUGCAAGUUCUUCUAGGGGACAUCAGAAUACGAGAAGAGGAAACCGACAAGCAAAAAAGAAUAAAACUUUUGAUACGAUGUAA